CAUGCUGCUGCGGUCCAGAGUCUUCUGGGCCCCUGUACGGCCCUCCCAUUGCUGCGUCCCCAUGCCACACUUCCCAUGUGCCCUUUCAGGUACUCCUCAUCACUGCUGGUGUGUUGAAUUUUUUGACAUAGGGUGCUGGCAGAUUUCGGGCCGCUACUAUAGCUGCUGCCAGGCCCCUAAUCUGCCAUGGGCCCCUAUAUACCGCCUCCUCAUGCUGCUGGUGUGGUCCAGAGUCUGUCUGGGUCCCUGUACGGCCUCCCAUUGCUGCUGUCUCCAUGCCCACACUCUGCCAUUUGUGCCACUUUCAGGUCUCCUCACACACUGCUGGUGUGUUGAAUUUUUUGAC